CUUCACCACCCAGACAGCGCCAGACUCGAAUCAAGCUGAAAAUAAAUUCAACUUUUUUUAUCCAGAAUACAACAAAAACUCAAAUCUGGCUAGAAAAUCAUACAAUUUUAAAACUUUGGAGAAUAUUAAAUCAUAAAAUUAAUUAUUUAAUUAAAGUGCGAUUCGCCUAAAGUGCGAAACCAAUUUGAGAUUAUUUUUAGUUAAGAGAAAAACCGAGAUUUCACAGUGUGCCGAACUUUUGCUCAAAAUUUUAUAAAAUUGUUAUUGUUUUUAUUAUCAUUGAAAUUGGAGACACUUUUUUAAAACCUAACAGAAUUAAGUAAAAUGUCAAGUUAACAGGAUAAUUAAUUAAUUACUAGGUUUGUUUUUGUGGUGGUGAAAUUCUGGUUUAAUUUUGUAACUAGUUUUUGAAAUUGGACGAUUUUCAGUUUUGUUUGUUUAAGAAGGUCAAGAAUUUGAAAUUGACAUGAAAAAAUCCAGAGUUUAAAAAAUAGUUAGAUUAGAAAUCCAAACUUGUACACAGUUUUUAAUCGUAAAUUAAAAUCGGCUGCUUGUGCUGUAUUUCAUUCCUUAUCUAGCCUGACACCGUAAUUUUUGCAAUAAUUAAAUAUCUAAUUUCUGAAAAGAGUUGCCUCCUCCUAUGCAAACGAAACGAUUAGCCUUUACAAAAAUACUUAGCUAUGCAAAGCUUGAUUAAGUAAUUAAGUUCUUUAGCCAGAAAAAACGAGUUGACCUUAAUACCCAAUCCAGCUGAUUAAUAAAUCAGUAAAUAAAUAAAUAAUAAUAACGAAAGUAAACAUAUCGGGAAAUGUGUGAUAAAAAGAAGACGAAUGAAGACAUCUAACUAAUUUAUGGAUUCCGAAAUUUCUGAUUAUAAUACAAGGUAUGUCCAGAGCAGGAGUGGGACGACGAAGUACGAGCUAGCCAUCGACCUCUUCCUCAUGUCCUCGUCAUCCUCGUCACUCGUCCCCCGCGUGUCCACCUAAUGCUGGCAGGAUCAUGCUGGACGAGGAACACGCCAGAAUCCUGGACAAGCGUAAAAGUGGGGGCGGUGGUGGGUCACGUGUCCUGCGCUUCUUCCUCUGGCUGUCCUGCUGGGGGUGGAACUUGCGGCGGCGACUGCACCUCGUCACGGCCAAGAGAUGGCUCUUCCUCGUCAUCCUCGCCACCACGGCCUACGUCAUCUACUCCUCCUGCGGUAAACCUGCCCAGGUCCAUCCACCGCUUUAUGGCCUGAUGCGAACCCGUCCAGAAGUGUUGUACCGGUGUCCCACGCUGUCCUCGAGUGGGGAAAGAAUGCGAAAAUAUAUCGACCACGCCACGAUCAGCGCUGGUGGCGGAAACCGCGUCCGGAUGAAGAUUGAUCCCAAAGUGUUGCUCUUUGUGGAAACAACUUUUUCCAAAUUGGGCCGAGAUUUAGCCGAGCUUCUGGUUCACAAUAGGAUGAAGUAUAAAGUAGAAGUUUCUGGGAAAUCGUUGCCCGUGCUGCGGAACGGGGAAAAGGGUCGCUUUUCGACAAUUCUUUUUGAAAAUUAUACCAAAUAUUUAUCACUGGAUGAGUGGAACAGGAACAUUUUGGACAAAUAUUGUGCCGAGUUUGACAUCGGAAUUGUGGGUUUCAUGCCCUCCAGAGAUGAAACUUUUGUGGGAGCGGAACUCAGAAAUACGGCCGCGUCCUUGCUCAUCGACACCAACGUCAGGAUUAAGGACGCCUACUUGAACCCGUCGUCCUCCGUGUUGCGCCUGACGCGGGCGGGUGACAUCGUUCGUGGCCCCCUGCCCAAUGAGCCGUCUGACCUCUGGACCGUUUUCUACCCCAACCACACCACGUACGAGGCCGUCUCCAUGGCCACGCCGUUUCAAGAAGGGGGCGAAGCGGAGCUCCACGCCCCCCCGGGAACGGUCAACAUUCCCCUCGUCACGGUAGUCCAGGACAAAGGUGAAGCGGACGGGAUUCGUCGGGUAAUUUUCGGUGCUGGGUUGAAAUUCUGGUUGCAUCGGCUCCUCCUUCUGGACGCGAUAUCUUACUCGAGCCGCGGGCGGUUGAGCGUCUCCCUCAAGAGAUAUAUUCUAAUUGAUAUCGACGACAUUUUCGUGGGCGAGAGGGGCACCCGCUUGAAGAAGAGUGAUGUCGAGGCGAUCCUGACGGCUCAGGAGGGGCUGAGGAGACUCGUGCCUGGUUUCAAGUUUAAUUUGGGCUUUUCCGCAAAGUAUUUUCAUUUCGGGGAUGACGAAGAGAACGCUGGCGACGAUCUGAUUCUAGAGAAUAGCGACAAGUUUAUGUGGUUUGGCCAUAUGUGGAAUCACAUCCAGCCUCACUUGUACUCCAAUCUGACCCAACUUAUGCUGGACAUGAUGAAAAAUAAGGAUUUCGCAAAAGAGCACGGAAUCCCGACGGAUUUUGGGUACUCGGUGUCACCGCAUCAUUCUGGCGUGUAUCCCGUCCACGACCUCCUCUUCGACGCGUGGAAGAAAGUUUGGAACGUGAAAGUGACGAGCACGGAGGAAUACCCGCACCUCCGCCCGGCCAGAUUGAGGAGGGGCUUUAUCCACAGGGGCAUCAUGGUUCUUCCACGCCAAACGUGUGGCCUUUUUACUCACACGAUAUUUAUCGACCGCUAUCCUGGAGGACAGUCCAAGUUGGAUGAGAGCAUCUGGGGAGGCGAAUUGUUCCAGAGCGUCGUCUAUAAUUCGAUCAACGUGUUCAUGACGCACAUGUCCAACUAUGGGAACGACCGGCUCGGCCUUUACACGUUUGAAUCGGUGAUAAAGUAUGUCCAGUGUUGGACGAAUUUGCAAAUGGUCACCCUUCCACCGGUCCUUUUGGCGGAAAAGUAUUUUAAAAUGCAUCCCGACGAGGGGGAUCCGAUUUGGGGGAAUCCAUGUGACGAUCCGCGUCACAGGAAGAUUUGGUCGUCCAACAAGACGUGUGAUAGUCUUCCGCAGUUUUUAGUGAUUGGACCACAGAAAACGGGAACGACGGCGUUGUACACCUUUCUGACGAUGCAUCCCGCAAUUUCGAGUAACAAACCGAGUCCGGAGACCUUCGAGGAAGUUCAGUUCUUCAACGGGAAGAAUUACUUGAGAGGGUUGGAUUGGUACCUAAAAUUUUUCGCGUCUGAAGAAGUCCUCCCCACCACGAAUGUUACGACCUCCUUCGCACACGCCUCUUCCUCCUUCGCAUCAGACGACGACGCCAACGCGCACCACAACGCGGUGCCCACUCUGCCCCCAUUUCACGAAGAGCCUCCGCCUCACACGAAGAGAAUCCUUUUUGAAAAAAGUGCAACUUAUUUUGAUAACGAGCUCGUCCCCAAACGUGCCCACGCUUUGUUACCGAGAGCAAAAUUAGUCACGAUAUUAAUCUCACCGGCGAAACGGGCGCAUUCUUGGUAUCAACACAUGCGCGCGCAUAAUGACUCGGUCGCGCUAAAUUAUACAUUUUACGAAGUUCUCACCGCGUCCGUUGGAUCACCAAAGGUUUUGAGAGAUUUAAGAAAUAGAUGUCUAAAUCCGGGUAGAUAUGCGCAAAAUUUGGAGCGUUGGUUGAGCUAUUUCCCACCCCAACAGUUGUUAAUACUUGACGGGGAAGAGUUGCGGGAUGACCCCGUCGCUGUGAUGUAUCGCUUGCAACGCUUUCUCCAAAUUCAACCCCUUUUCGAUUAUUCCACAAAAUUAAGGUACGACCGAAGUAAAGGUUUCUACUGCCAAGUAAUUAGCCAAAAUAGGAACAAAUGCCUCGGUCGGAGUAAAGGCAGGCAUUACCCACCAAUGGAUGACCGGUCCGAGAAAUAUCUUCAGAGCUACUACAAGUCUCAUAACAGUGCAUUGGAAAAGCUUCUACGCCGACUGGACCACUCCAUCCCGCCCUGGUUGAGGGAAGAUCUGAUCGAAUAAAGAAAACCUCGUGAUUAUUAGGAUUAAGGAAAUUUUACAAAAUUAGGAAAUUUACCAGACUCACUGCAAUAUUUAAAAAAAAGAAGAAAAACAAGACAACCGCAUUUAGUAACUAAUUUACGAAAGAAAUUGUGAUGCUUUAGAAAAUAUCACUCCAAUCAAAAAGUCACUUACUCACUCACCGCUAAGAAGAAAAUGAUAUCAUGCAUAAUCAAAAACUUGUCUAGAAAUUAGGUGUCCAGUUGUGCAAUUCUUUUCUAGUUUGAUAUUUAAAUAAGUAAUUAAUCGUUACAUGAGAGAGAUCUGAUUAGUUGAUUAGUUAAUUAAUUAUGCCUUGAGACACUCAUGUAUAUAAUAAUAUUUCAGUUGGUGUGGCGUAUGAAAAUUUGAGGUGGCGAAAAUUGGCCCAUUUUAGUAGAAAAUUUUGUACAGAAAAAUAUGUACGAUUUAGUCUGAAGAAUUUCGUAUAUUUUAGCAAAAAGAAAUUUUACACUAAAAUUUCUACACAUUUUACUCUACAUGCAGAGAAAUUUUGUACAUAAUUGGCCCAUUUCUCGGCAGAAGAAAAGUGCAAAAUUCUGCAGAAUUAUGAACAUUUUUUUUUGCAGAAAAUUUUGUUUAGGUAGAGUAAAAUGUGUAUAUUUUUUUCUGUAUAAAAUUUUCUGUCAAAAUAUGCUGGAUUUUUCAGAAUAAUUGUGCACUAGGAUGUUUUUCUGAGUAAAAGUUUCUGCCAGAGUGAAAUAUGUAUUUAGCAUUUGUUGCAAAACAAUUCGUAAUUCUGCAGUAAAAUUUGGAGAUUUUUUUCUGUAGAAAGUUUCCUGCUGCCAAAAUAUGCAUGAAGAACAACAGAGAAAUUUUCGCACUUGGAUUUCCAUACGAGCUGCGUAUACAUAUGUACCACGAGCUGCUUUAUAUCCAAUGAUCUUACUCUAUUUUAUAAAAACUAGAUGGACUUUAGUACUGAACAGUUUUUUGUACGUUAUUUGUAAAACAGGAGAAAACGACAACAAAACGAUUUUUGUAAUUGUAUGUACACAUUCUUUUACAAUUUCAAAGUUUGAUUUUGUUAAAUAUUUAAAAGCCUAAACCGCAAUUAAUUAUUAUGUAAUUAGUCAGCGGUUUAUUAUUAUUGUGUUGUGAUUUUGUACUGAGAGAACAAAGAUACCCAACCCAGGAAUUGUUUGCCAUAUAAAAUAAUAGUCAUUAAUUUAACGAAGCGUUAAACAAUUAAGUUUCUGAUUAAUUAAGUUUGUUUGUAUUCUGUUUACAACAGCAAAACAAGGGUUAUAUAUUUUUAUAAAUUUAGGGAGAGACAUAAAAUACAAAUUAUAAUCUGUCGUCGAUUUUGAUUUAUUUAAAUACAUAUGAAAAUCGGAGUGGAGAAAAUUGGCGAACGUUUCUGCAGAAUUUGACACAUUUUGCUCUGUAGAAAUUUUUUGAAGAUUUCGAAUCUGCGAAUGUGCAAAAUUCUAGACAAAACUUCUCCAAUUUUCGAUACAUCGAUUUUUCAUGUACGAUAAUUAAAACGUUUUUCUUUGUUCAAAUGUUUUGUAAAUUAAAGUUCCACCAAAAAAAUAGUAUUUAUGAAAGGAAGAAAUGUAUUUUUGUUUUAACAGUUUAUCGUGAAAAUUAAAAUUUUAAAAAUAUUAUGAAGCACGAUCCACGCACAAGUGUACACGCAAGAAUUUUAAGAGAGUAAAUCCCAAACAAUCCACCAAAGGAAUCCUUGGUGAUUAAAUUUAAAGUUCAAUAUGAUUUAAAGUAAUUUUAUGACGUGGCUGACACUAAGUUGAGAAGAAAAAGCUGCUGCUACCAGCACUAAAUACACAAUUAAAUUAGGACUAAUCGCAGUAAUUAAAACGUUAAUUGUUGAGUUUGAGGUGGUCAAGAUACACAUAAAAUAGAGCUGGAACUGAUUGAUAAUCUGACAAUAAAGGAAUAUACCCAUAUUUAUAAGAGAG